CUCAGUAUGUCUCCCAAGUUCAUCAUCUUUGCUGCCCUUGUGGUCGUGGCCCUCGCCCGCCCUGAUCAGGCCCCAGCCUAUGGCUAUGCAGCCCCUACACCUGCUCCUGCACCUGCCAAGUACGACUUCAAUUACGCUGUCAAGGACGAGUAUUCCGGUAACGACUUCGGUCACCAGGAGGCUCGCGACGGUUAUGACACCCAGGGCUCCUACUACGUUCAGCUUCCCGACGGUCGUCUGCAAAAGGUCACCUACACUGUCAAUGGCGACUCUGGCUUCGUGGCCGAGGUCAGCUAUGAGGGCGAGGCGCAGUACCCUGCCGAACAACCUGCUUACAAGCCCGCCCCUUCAUAUGCUUAGAUCGAAAACCUGGUUUGUCUGUGAUAUUUAUUAUGUCAAUACUUUUAACGUGUGUAA